AUGGCCUCAGAUUUGGAGGUGCUGAUUUUCAUCCUGGCCGCUUCACAUUCGGCAGUGGUGGAAGAGUGUCCAAGACAUGUUCAAAACUUUAAUUUCCUCUGUGUGUGCUCUCAUUUCUCCACCAGUGACCGCCAGUGUGGUUUGUCAGUGUUGGACUGCGACCACCAGCAGCAGCAGCAGCAGCAGGUCAGCACCAUGAGUCUGUAUGGGGCCGGGGCCGGGGCCAGUGGCGGUGCCGUCGGUGGUGCGAGAGAAAGAGGAGGAGUGGAACAUUACCGGGAGCAACAGCGGCGUUCCAGCGACCGCUCGCGUGACUCAUCCCACGAGAGAGGAGAGAGCCAGCUGACGCCCUGCAUCAGGAAUGUCACGUCCCCCACUCGGCAGCAUGACCGUGAACGCGGCGACGGAGGCUCGUCCUCCAGAUCCUCCAGUCCACGUCCUCCCAGGGUUUCUAUUCCCUAUUCCCACAUCGGAGGGGCCCUCAUCGGGGGCCACAUACCUCGGUCCCUGGGUCCUCCUGGAGCAGAGCACCACUCUAAAAUACUGGGCCCCGGGCCGUGUGAUAUGAUCUACGUGUAUGACCUCGGCAGUAAAGAGGGGCAUCGCAGUGGACUGAGGCUGGGGGAAAGAGUAACGCUCAUUGUGGAUAACACCAGAUUUGUGGUGGACCCCGCCAUCUUCACAGCUCAACCGAACACCAUGCUGGGCAGGAUGUUUGGUUCUGGACGGGAAAACAACUUCACACGACCCAACGACAAAGGAGAGUUUGAGGUGGCCGACGGCAUCAGCUCCACCGUCUUCAGAGCCAUUCUGGAUUACUACAAGUCUGGGAUAAUCCGCUGCCCUGACGGCGUUUCCAUUCCCGAGCUGAGGGAGGCAUGUGACUACCUCUGUAUCUCCUUCAACUACAGCACCAUCAAGUGCAGAGACCUCAGCGCCCUGAUGCACGAGCUGUCUAACGACGGGGCCCGGCGUCAGUUUGAGUGUUAUCUGGAGGAGAUGGUGCUGCCGCUGAUGGUGGCCAGCGCUCAGAGCGGGGAGAGGGAGUGUCACGUGGUGGUGCUGACCGACGACGACGUGGUGGACUGGGACGAGGAGUACCCUCCGCAGAUGGGAGAGGAGUACUCGCAGAUCAUCUACAGCACCAAACUUUACCGCUUCUUCAAGUACAUCGAGAACAGAGACGUUGCCAAGUCAGUACUGAAGGACAGAGGACUGAAAAAGAUCCGGCUGGGGAUAGAAGGCUACCCGACCUACAAAGAGAAGGUGAAGCGGCGUCCUGGAGGUCGUCCAGAGGUUAUCUACAACUAUGUCCAACGUCCCUUCAUCCGCAUGUCCUGGGAGAAGGAGGAGGGGAAGAGCCGCCACGUGGACUUUCAGUGCGUCAAGUCCAAGUCGACCACCAACCUCGCCGCGGCCGCCGCAGACAUUCCCCAGGACCAGCUGGUGGUCAUGCACCCUCCGGGGCCGCAGGUGGACGAGCUGGACACUCUGCCCCAGCCGCCGGGCGUCGGCGACCCCCAUCAGCUUGCGCUCGGACAGGGGCCCGAGAACAACGCAGGCCCCCAGCUCGCACAAGGCUACGAGGGGCCGAACCAGCAGGCUCAGGACACUCCGCACAGCCUGGCCCACAGCAACCAGCAGCACGGCAGCAGCUACACUCAGGCCACGUACCACUACGAGCCGGACCCAGACACGCCGUCACCGUCUGCAUGAGACUGGCUGCACAUUUCACCCCCCCCACGGCGUUCACACUGACAGCAACAAGUGCUUUUAUUCACAUCAUCACACAGAGACAAGUCCAGAGCGAGAUCUUAAAUCACAGGGUUCGUACGGUCAUCAAGAAAAUUGACAAGUCAUGGAAUUUGAAAAUAGGCCUGGAAAAGUUUGAAAAACUACAUAUACCCUGAAUGUUUUGGAAAAGUCAUGGAAUUUUGUUUCAUAAAACCUGUAAACGCACAUGGCGUGCUCAAGGACCGUCAGAAAUUUGAAAAUCCGACAACAAUUUAGUUUUUACUGUUUCUGGGUGUGUUAAAUAGUGUAAUUCUUAAAGAAAAUAAAAAUCACUAAUUUUAUUUUCUUUAAAAAUUGACUUUUUUAAGAA